AACAUAAACUAGCAAGAUACAGAAAACGUGUAAUCUGCAAUUUCGCAAACUAUCCAAAAAUGGAAGUUGGGGUAAACACAAUCUAGUUUUGAAAAUGUUUGGUUGCCCAGCAACGUCCCGGACUAGCCACCAACAUCACAUUGAAAAGUGAACAAACACCGGACGAUUCCAAAACUAGAAAUGAGGAGACAGACAAAGUGAUGAGCUCAGGAGACUCCAACCCCGCCGCCACACCCACUCCUUGUGUGGACAUCCAGGGAGAUGGCAGAUGGAUGUCUUUGCAUAACCACUUUGUGUCUAACAGCAAGGACAAGGAACCAGAUGUCCUGUUUGUAGGAGACUCUCUUGUCCAGCUCUUGCACCAGUUUGAGGUGUGGCGAGAGCUGUUCUCCCCUCUCCACGCUCUCAACUUCGGGGUGGGUGGUGACGAAACACAGCACGUCUUGUGGAGAUUGAGCAAUGGAGAGUUGGCCCACAUCAGCCCAAAGGUUGUGGUGCUGUGGGUGGGAACCCAUAAUCACGGUCACACUGCAGAACAGAUCUGUGGAGGCAUUAUGGCCAUAGUCCAACUCAUCAAGGAUAAGCUGCCGAAGGCUUAUACUCUCGUACUGGGAGUGCUGCCCAGGGGUAAGAUGCCCAACCCCCUACGGGAGAGGAACGCCCAGGUCAACAAGCUGGUCAAGGAUGCAGUGUCCUCUCUCCCCCACGCCUCCCUCCUCAACGUUGACCCCGGCUUUGUGCACUCGGACGGCAGCAUCUCCCACCAGGACCUGUAUGACUUCCUCCACCUCACCCCUCAGGGCUACCAGGCUGUGUGCCAGCCGCUACACGUCCACCUCAAGGGCCUGCUGGAGAAACAGGCUGAAAACUGAAUACCAACUGAUUGAGAACUGUUGGCCAAUGACCCACUCACUACAUCAGAGGUAAAAACCCUGGUCCUGGAGAGCCACAAGAGUACAGGCUUUUAGCACAUUCACUGCUUUUAGUACAGACUUUUGUUCCAACCCAUGAUUCAAAUAAUGAUCUAGUCCUUGAUUAGUUGAAUCACGUUGAAUGUUUUGAAUGCUGGGCUGGAAGAAAAGCCUGAACUUAAAAGGCUUUCCAGAACCAGGGUUGGUAACCACUGCACAACUCUAUUCUAUGGGACCGUACUGUAACUUACCACCAAAAUGGCUGCGUAGAGGACCGCUAAACACUAAUCGGAUCAAAUAUCAGAUUUGACCACUUAUCACCAAUUGAGAUGUGAUUAAGCAGAUUUAAGAGAUUGUCCUUCUCUUCAGUUUCAUUCUGUAUUAUGGAUAUCAUGCACCAAUAUGUUAGGAUCUGUCUUUCCUGGCUGAUAGAUACUUCAUAAGAGCUUCCCCACAGAAAGGUUAGGAGAAUCAGAAAACCUACCAUACUAAAGGUUUGUUUUGUUUCCUCUCAAAAUAUCAACAUUUCCUGUCUUUUUCUCCUCACUUUGAAAACAUCUACAGUCCUAUUGAUCUGAUUGGUUACUGAUCUGAUUAGUUACUAAUAAUAUCAUUUAAAAUCCCUCAAAUUGUGUCCCAUAUGUGUUUAGACACGGCGACCACGGCGACCAUUUACGGUGAUGAUGCAACAAGGCAUCACUUGGCCAGUUGGCUCCACUGUUAAAGCAUCACUUGGCCAGUUGGCUCCACUGUUAAAGCAUUACUUGUUUCCGGUAUCUGUUUGCCACUGUUGCUUUUUGUUACUUGUGAAGAUUUAGGCUGAAUAUGUCUUAUUUUGGCUGUAGAAAUAUGGAGAAUGAAGGGGAAUUGUAUGGUGUAUUUGGAGUGAAUGAUGAGGGCAUUUCAAAGUAGCGCUGAGACUGGUGGGUAUUUGGCUUGGAUAUGACAUGAUACUGAGUCAAUGUGUAUGGAUGUGUUGUAGCUAGCUUAUACUUGUCUUGCACUCUUUAUUCAAAGGCAGUCACCUCACGAGACCCAAGACUCCCUAUAAAGGCUGCGUAGACUGUUUGUAUAUACUGCAAAUGUAGUCCUAACUGCCUUUAUCUUGAAUGUUGAUUGUGGAAAAACUGAAUAUGUGAUGUCAAAAUGCAAUGCAUUAAAACCAAUGAAAGCUUA